AUGGGUCCGUUUAAUAUUGUUUCCGUUAACGGUGUAACGGAAAUGGCGGACCAGAAAACAUUCCUGGAUUCGUACGACCGUCACGGAGGGGGCAGAGGAGGUGCUGGAAGAGGUGAUGAUCACAUGCGGGGAAAUCGUUGGGGAGGGGACCGGAGAAUGGGUCCCAUGGAUGAUUAUCCGACCAAACGUCGGCGUUAUUGA